AUGGGUACUAAUAGUAGUAAAUCCAUCAACGAGACAGCUGGUCAUGUACAAAAAAAUGAUUUAAAUGUUGAAGUUAAUCCUGAUCCUAGAUCGCCGACUCCAGAAAUAGCUCGGACGCCAUUGCAGAGCAAGAAUGGAUUGAAACACAACAUUACAAAAAAUGUAGACUUGAGAAAAACUUUUGAGAGUGGUCAAGCUGAAGAGAAACUUAUACAUAACAACCCUAUUCUUUCUGCUGUUAUAAAAAAUCAUUUGCAGUCAUAUGAUCCUCGCUCCCCAACCCAAGAGUUUGAACGAAUAGAAAGAACACCUAUAGUUGUUGCAAAAGCUGAAGAGGUUGCAAGUUUAAGUAAUGUUGAAGAAAUGUCUGAUGAUGUAUUAAUAAAAGUACUGCAAAGUAAAAGUGCUGAACAACCGAAUGAUGCCAAUGGUUUACUGGUUUAUGAAGAUGACACAAUUGUCACUGAAACUCCAAAAAAAGCAAUAUCACACUUUAAUCAAGCCGUCUGGAAAAAAGCAAAAGAAUGCAAAAUUGCAAGAGUGACAAGACCUACAAGUAGCGACAGAAAAAGCAAGAAGCAUCGU